AUGGAAAUAAUAUUAAAUUCGAAGAACAUCGACGAAGUUGAUUCGAAAGUAUCCGUGAACAAGUCACGAUUCAACUCGUUAAAUUGGUUCUAUAAUCUUAUCAGUGAACACACCGGCUCAUUGAGCUUCGACCCAUUUGGUUUAACAAAAUUCUUUUUUGCUUAUCAAUUAGUUGAAGUGAACAAUGAGUUUGAAACUCACACAACAACAUGCGUCACUUGUUCUGCAAAAGAUGAAAAUCAAGUAAAAGAAAAGUCUCGCAUCACUUUGAGUCAUCAAAUCUCGAUUACAUUCAAUUUGAUGACGAGAGAUGAAAACUUGUUGAAUUUAUUAAAAGUUAAACAAAACGACAUCGUCGUGUCUUGUUGCCGCAUUAGGAAUGAUGAAAGCGUAGGCGUAAAAUGUUGGGAAGAAUUCUUUAACGUCUGUCUUCAGCCCGCCUGUCAUCCAUCAAAUGUACGAUGA